UCCCUAGCACCACCCCAGUGACGCACAACCAGCACUGCCUUCCACGCAGCCAUGCAGCCUGCCUGGGCGCUGCUUGCCUUCUGCAGUCUCGUCUUGAGCACCACCGUGGACCUGUCCCCAGAUUUUUGUUCUCAGACCUUUAACUCAGAUCUGAAGCCAGGAUUUCCCCAAACAAUCAAGACCAAUGACCCAGGAGUCCUCAAAGCAGCCAGACACGGUGUUGAAAGGUUCAACAACUGCACAAAUGAUAUCUUCUUGUUCAAGGAGUCUCAUGUCACCAGAGCUCUGGUCCAGAUAGUGAAAGGCCUGAAAUACAUGCUGGAUAUGGAAAUCGGCAGAACUACUUGCAAGAAGACCAAGCAGCCCAGUCUGGACAACUGUGACUUCCAAACCAACCACACCUUAAAGCUGACUCUCUGUUGCUACUCUGAAGUCUGGGUCAUCCCCUGGCUCCAGAAGUUCAAAGUACCCAUUCUCCAUUGUCACUGACUUCCGCCUCUCCGCAAUACUACAGAUGUUGUCACUCUUGAAAUAGUAUCUUCCGGCAAGCAGAAUGGAAGUGCCUAUGGGUUCAUUACAGAGUAGCUGGGAUGGUAGAAUGACUAUCCUACAGUUAAAUUAAAUACUUGACAUUCUCUUCUAGACUGAGUCCUCCAAUGGGAAUGUUUUGGGUUCUCAAUCCCUGAAGGACCCCUCCCACCCAAUUACCAGUGGCCCUGAUUAUUCCAUGGCCCCAGGUCUCGGAAGAAAGCCCAGAGAUCUGUCCUUUUGUUUGAACAGUUACAGCAAUGAACAAAAGGACUAAGUGUGCUAUGGAGCAUCUUGACCUUUCAAGGAUAAUGGAAGUUAUAAAUAAAUAUGAAUAAAGAACUAACCUUCUCAAAGCAAUGGCUGUUGUUUUAUCUGUUAAAGGGAGACUCAGGAGGUGAGCGAUGAGGAGUCCCCCUCAGUGCUCUGAGCAAAUUAACUACAUAAAGCACCCCAGCCACUAGCUGAUGGCUUUUCUGGCCAUCAGCUAAUGGCUACAACGUACCAGAGACCAAAGCAGUCAGAUACAGGCCAGCCUGUGUCCGUAUCAUGAACUAGCAGGAUAGGUGGCAACCCACAGAGAACUUUCACCCUCCAGCUGUGCUUUCUUCUGACUGGGGGCAUCCAUUCAAUUCUCUCUGCUGCCUUUGAGGCUCAGCCUAUGCACAGC